GCUGAAAUUCUCGGGCUAUGGCCGCUUGAUAUUGUGUGGUUGAACGAAUGCAACGUCGAGCAUGGCUCGCAGACCCUCUGUUGUAUCUUUAUCAUCUGUAAACUCGUCUGGGAGUCUGCCGAAACUUGGUCAACUACCUUCCUUAUCCCAAUCGUUCUCACAAUCAUCGAGAGCUUCUGCCAACUCCUCGAGGUGGCUGUCAUCUAGAACCGCGUCUGGAAAUGGCAAGGUGGGAACCAAUAUACAACAAGAUGAACAUGCUGCCAAUCCGGAUGAACUCUUUGUCAAACACACUGUGGCCGAGGUAAAAGGAAUCCAGCAAAAGCUGAGACAUGAUGCGGAUGCAAAGCAACAAGAGCUGCGGGUCAUGGUUGGCGCAGGGAACGGUACCGGGAUCUCCUUCAGGCAUCCACGUCAAUAAUAGCCCUCGCUCGAUCAUCGGACAAUGUCCUCCACGCCCUGGAAGAUAUGCGAAGCAUAACCUCUGCAGUCGGUACUACUGCCGCUUUGCCUCGUAUUGCACCUUCCGUAGGUCAAGAAGACGCACAUCUUCAAGUUCUUCAAGCUUUGUCUGCACAUAUGAAACUAUUACUUGACACUCCAGAACACCUGUGGCGACUUAUGGAGCGAAAAUUAUAUCUACACGCAGCAUGGUUGUUCUUGCUUUGUCGCGUAGUACACCGUGCAUUGUUACGAGAUGAUGCCGAUGACGACACCGGUUGGAAUGUGUAUGGUCUUAAUAUCGCAGAACAAUUUCCCCUUGUGCAACGACAAUGGGACGUUGUUUCUCAAUUCCGCACUCAAAUCACCCAUAAAGCAACCCUGUCGUUGAGAGAAAACACGCCAUCGCCUGCGGCCGUUGGUGCUUCACUACUUUCUCUCCAUCUCAUAGAAUCUCGACCCCUACCCGAGACCCUAACAAUAUUGCUCAUGCAAAGGACGCGGGCCCUCACACCACUGCUUACACGACCUCGUGAUAAUGUCCCUAAUGGUACUGCAGGACCUUCGCGCACCCCGCGUGUGCGGAAGGCGAUUGUACGAAAUACCCGGUCGAAAGCAGAAGCUGCUCUUGAUGUUGUAGCGCACACCCUGGGUGCUGCCAGACAACUCUUCAUUGGGACGUCGGAACGACCACCUCUAUUGAUGGAAGCAUUGGAUUAUAUUCAGACCGAUCCAGCGCCGCCAACCAGCGAGCUUCCCAUGGAACUCAAGCUUACCACCCAGCUCUUGUUGACCUCUUUGCCUUCGUCGAGUCAUUUCAUGCUGCUACCUCCGAACAUCAAAUCCUAUCGACCAUACAUUGAUAGCAAUGUAGCGUCCUCGCUGUCAAAGGAACCACUGAAUGACAAACUUCAAGAGUGGUUCAUCAAAGCCACAGAGGAUAUCAAGCUGUCCAUGGGCAAAUGGUUAUCUGAGCUUCAUAGUGUAACGGAGGUCUGGAAGUUGAGAACAGGACUCUUCCGCUGGAUGAGUACAGCAGAUGGGCUCGAAACUGGCGAGACUGCGGUGCUCAUGAACCUUUCGGACGAGGCAUGCCUCCACCAAGCCGCCACCAUCUGGAGAGAUGUUCUAGAAUCUGCCAAUACAGAGUUCCGUGCCCAUCUGUCAAGUGCAUUGACGGCGUUGAAAAACACGGAAUCCAAUAGUCUUUUUGAUGCAUCACCCGUGCAAUAUCUUUUCCAGGCCCCAUCUUUGACGCCCUCCAGUCAAAUUGGUUUCAAGUCGUCUCUCACAGAUGAAGCUUUCGAAAGAUACCGAAGUGCCUUGAAACAGCGCAUUUCUUUUCGGACCCCGUUAUUAGAUGACGUUCUAGCGACGGUCGAGCGCAGCGCCGAGACCCUACGGAAUGACUUGAAAAUCGUCGUUGACGAUGAGGCUAAUCAUGGGCAUCUAUCAUCCAAGAUGCUCGAAAUGUUUCGAUCAGAUGUAGCAGCAUUCUGCGACGAUAUUACCAAUGCUCUUGAACAAACUGCGCAGUGUUGCUCUGGGCACACAGGUACGGCAUUUUCAGCUAGUGAGAGUGCCAUUCUCACUAACGAAGAAGCCUUAGAGUCACAUGCCAGAGAACUUUUGUUCAUUAGCAGGGCAGCGUUAGAGUUGGGGUCCGAGCCGCGUUUUGCGCACAGUCUGGGAUGUGAGGCACAAAUCAUAUCAGAACUUCAGAUCAAGUUGCGCGCUCUGCACGAGCAGUUGAUUGCCCACUGGAGGCGAGAUACUGUUGCAGACGUCGUUCGUGAGCAUUGGCACAAGACAAGCAGCGCUCCUCAUGGGAAAAUUGUGCAAGAACACAUUGAUUCAAGCCACCCGCGACCAUCUUCCGCCCUUCUCGCCGCGCUUCUGUCACUCUCUAAAUCUGUACAGCAAAUUGGUACUCCGUUGGAUCCCAGUCAACGAGCGCGAAAUGGCAAGAUGCUGCUCGUUGAUUUCGUUAGUGCCACAUUGGAUACGUUGCCUAGCUUACAGCCGCAAGAUUCUAGGCGUUAUCUACAGCUGUUCUGGGACAUGACGUUCUUGCGGUCCAUGUUGACUCUUUGGAGUGGCAACAAACUUGAAGUAGGUGAUCGGCUCCAUGCGACGAUUGCGGACGUGCGUCAAAAGCUACCAACCGAAGCCGCGUCAGACAAGGUUGAGCAUACUAUGAGUGAACUUUUGUCUCGACUUCAAAUAGCCCUCUCAGCCCUGCUUCCGCCUGUGCCACCAUCUCAUCAGGUCGUUACUGCGCCUGCGAAGGGUUCGACUCCUUCGAGCAUCUUGAGACCAGGGUCAGGUGCGAUAGAGUCACAAUACCAACCAGCUGUAGAUCUCGUGAAACCCCCUCCUCGAUUCGGUUUGCUAUUAGUAGGAAGCUCAGCAUCACGGUAAUAUACCCACGUUCGCCCGUCUCGCCUGCGGAGCUAGUCAAUGGAUCUUCUUUUUACCCCUCAAACCUUCCACUAAGUAUGAGGAAAACCAAUAGUAUGCCGGUGAGGCACUGAAAGUAUAGCAACUUACAUCAUAGUCCGUUCUGCAGUUCCUGUACAUGUUGCCAACUGUCAAUGUCUGUAUCAUGGAAGGCGAGUGCCCCCACGACGAUCUUC